AGACUGGCGCGCCGGGACGGCGGGCAUCUCAGGGCACCCGGCAGAGGCGCGGCGCGCGAGGAGGGGGCCGGGCGGCCGUUGGCUGCAGCGCCAUGAACGCGGUAGUGGUGCGGCGGACUCAGGAGUCUCUGGGCAAGGUGAUCCGGAGGCCGCCGCUUACCGAGAAGCUGCUGAACAAGCCGCCGUUCCGCUACCUGCACGACAUCAUCACCGAGGUGAUUAGGAUAACUGGCUUCUUGAAGGGCCUCUACACAGAUGCUGAGAUGAAGUCAGACAACGUCAAGGAUAAAGAUGCAAAAAUUAGCUUCCUACAGAAGGCCAUAGAUGUGGUCAUGAUGGUGUCAGGAGAGCCCUUGGCAGCAAAACCAGCUAGAAUCGUGGCGGGGCACGAGCCCGAGAGAACCAACGAGCUGCUCCAGCUGAUUGGCAAGUGCUGCCUCAGCAAGCUCUCCAGCGAUGAGGCUGUGAAGAGAGUCUUAGCUGGGGAGAAGGGGGACUCGAGAGGACGGGCCUUACGGACUGCCAAAGCACUUGAGCCCGACAACAAGAACGGGAAGGAAGAGGAGGCCAGACCUCUUAAAGAGGACAGAAGAAGCUCGGAGGUCAAGGAGGGAAGCACAAGUGCAGAGCACAGGCAGAGGGAGGAACCGAAGGAUGAAAACAAACCCCGGGAGAAGGAGAAAGACAAGGAAAAGGCGAAGGAGCCUGACAGAGACCGACACAGAGACCCUGACAAGGACAGAAGCAGAGAAGGAGAGCGAGAGAAAGCCAGAAUGAGGGCCAAGCAGGACAAGGACAGAAGCAACAAAGAGCGAGACAAAGAGGCAGAGAGGGACAAGGACAGGGACAGGAGGAGUGAGGGCGGGAAAGACAAAGAGAGGCUGAAGGACCGAGACCGUGACAAGGGAAAAGACCGCGAGCGACGGAAAUCGAAGAAUGGAGAACAUUCCCGGGAUCCUGACAGGGAGAAAAGCAGAGAUGCAGACAGGCCAGAGAAAAAGUUGGCAAGCUCAGGGGAGAUGUCUAAGAAGUUGUCAGAUGGAUCUUUCAAAGAUGCCAAAGCAGAGAUGGAGGCUGAGGUUUCUGCGGGAGCAUCCAGGUCUUCGACCAUAAAGGCAUCAAAACGGCGGUCUAAGAAUUCUCUGGAAGGCGACUCCCCCAGUGAUGCAGAAGGAGAAGCUGGACCUAUUGGCCAAGAUAAGCCUGAGGUGUCAGAGAAUGCAGAAGUCACCAGUGAGCUUUCCUCCACUCUCAGAAGAAUACCUCGGCCUGGGAGUGCACGGCCAGCACCUCCCAGGGUCAAACGACAAGAGAGCACCGAGACACUGGCAGGAGACAGGUCAGGAAGUGGUAAAACUGUCUCCAAUGUGAUCAUUGACUCACAGAAUUCUGACAAUGAAGAUGAUGAGCAGUUUGUGGUGGAAGCUGCCCCUCAGCUGGCAGAAAUCUCAGAAAUUGAAAUGGUGUCAGCAGGGGACCUGGAGGAUGAGGAGAAUCACGGUGGGCUCGUGAAGAAGAUCUUGGAGACAAAGAAGGAUUAUGAGAAAUUGCAAUCGUCUCCCAAGCCUGGUGAGAAGGAGCGAUCACUCAUCUUUGAGUCAGCAUGGAAGAAGGAGAAGGACAUCGUCUCCAAGGAGAUAGAGAAGCUCCGUGUGUCCAUCCAAACCCUGUGCAAGAGUGCACUUCCCCUGGGAAAGAUCAUGGACUACAUCCAGGAGGACGUGGACGCUAUGCAGAACGAACUGCAGCUGUGGCACAGCGAGAACCGGCAGCACGCUGAAGCCCUGAGCAAGGAGCAGAGCAUCACCGACAGUGCGGUGGAGCCCCUGAAAGUGGAGCUAUCUGAGCUGGAGCAGCAGAUCAGAGACCAGCAGGACAAGAUCUGUGCCGUGAAGGCCAACAUCCUGAAGAACGAGGAGAAGAUCCAGAAAAUGGUGCACAGUAUCAACCUGACGUCACGCAGGUGAAGGGCCAGCCCUGCUCACAUGCACCCGGCUUCCUCAUGAAGAGAGAAGGGACAGGAAAGUGCCACUCUGAGCCCCAGUCUGCUGAGAAAAUGGAAUGCUGACAGCCUGGCCCAGCUCCGGUCAGAGCUUUUGGCUUAGGCACUGAGCUUAUUAAAAGGCUGUGUUUUUUCCUUCCUUCUAGCUGUGCUACUUGCUACGUAUAACUAGCUCGCCACAGUGGGAAGGAGGGCUUCUUUCUUUGUUUCUUGGCAAAUAAGUUUUCUGCUGCCUGUUUAACCCUGCACCCAAGUUUUCCUGCUGGUAAGUUGUGUCAUCCUACCAGGGAAACAGCAGGCCUUCAUUUCUGCUUUUGAAUCUCCCAGGAGGAUCUCAUACUGGCACCGGGCAAAGAAUGACUGUGUGCUUUUUGGUGGGUACUUUAUGAGUAGACUGAGGCUUGAAAUGCUCGAAUUGCCAUUUUCAUUUCUACCUGUGUCCUUGUAAGGAAGGAGCCUGUCACCUGUGCAGGGUUGCUGCCUUCUUAUUAGCACACAUGCUGCUUUCUGUAGCUCCCCCAUGGCCCUGCUGGCUACAUUUCUAGCCCUUGAAGCUCAUCUGCUGAGAAGGGACGAUUCAAUCUGGCCUUUAUGGGCAUUGUGUGAUGGGAACUGUCAUGGCUACCACCUAGGCUUUCUUCAGCCUCUAGAUAAUGCCUGAUGGCUGGCUAAGCAGUCCCUAGGACUCCUUAAGAGGGCCUUGUAAGCGUGAAGGAGUGGCAUAGUGCUUUUCUUCUGUGUAGGUAUGCUCUGAGAGUUGGGAGUGAGAAGAGAUUGUAAGGAAGAGAAUACACCAAUUUACAAUUUG